AUGUGUGCUAUACCUCAUUACUUGGGCGCAUGCGCAGUGGUGCAUCAACCACAUCGCCCUAUCACCCCAACAACCACAUCGCCCUAUCACCCCAACAACCGCAUCGCCCUAUCACCCGAACAACCACAUCGCCCUAUCACCCCAACAACAACAUCGCCCUAUCACCCCAACAACCGCAUCGCCCUAUCACCCCAACAACCACAUCGCCCUAUCACCCCAACAACAACAUCGCCCUAUCACCCCAACAACCGCAUCGCCCUAUCACCCCAACAACCACAUCGCCCUAUCACCCCAACAACCACAUCGCCCUAUCACCCCAACAACCACAUCGCCAUAUCACCCGAACAACCGCAUCGCCCUAUCACCCCAACAACCACAUCGCCCUAUCACCCCAACAACCACAUCGCCCUAUCACCCCAACAACCGCAUCGCCCUAUCACCCCAACAACCGCAUCGCCCUAUAACCGCAACAACCACAUCGCCCUAUCACCCCAACAAUCGCAUCGCCCUAUCACCCGAACAACCACAUCGCCCUAUCAGCCCAACAACCGCAUCGCCCUAUCACCCCAACAACCACAUCGCCCUAUCACCCCAACAAUCGCAUCGCCCUAUCACCCGAACAACCACAUCGCCCUAUCAGCCCAACAACCGCAUCGCCCUAUCACCCCAACAACCACAUCGCCCUAUCACCCCAACAACCGCAUCGCCCUAUCACCCCAACAACCACAUCGCCCUAUCACCCCAACAACCACAUCGCCCUAUCACCCCAACAACCGCAUCGCCAUAUCACCCCAACAACCACAUCGCCCUAUCACCCCAACAACCGCAUCGCCCUAUCACCCCAACAACCGCAUCGCCCUAUCACCCCAACAACCGCAUCGCCCUAUCACCCCAACAACCACAUCGCCCUAUCACCCCAACAACCGCAUCGCCCUAUCACCCCAACAACCGCAUCGCCCUAUCACCCCAACAACCGCAUCGCCCUAUCACCCCCAACAACCGCAUCGCCCUAUCACCCCAACAACCACAUCGCCCUAUCACCCCAACAACCACAUCGCCCUAUCACCACCAACAACCGCAUCGCCCUAUCACCCCAACAACCGCAUCGCCCUAUCACCCCCAACAACCACAUCGCCCUAUCACCCCAACAACCACAUCGCCCUAUCACCCCAACAACCACAUCGCCCUAUCACCGAAAUAACCGUAUCGCCGUAUCACCCCAACAACCACAUCGCCCUAUCACCCCAACAACCGCAUUGCCGUAUCACCGAAACAACCAAAUCGCCGUAUCACCGAAAUAACCGUAUCGCCGUAUCACCGUAA